AUGUCUCAACAGACGAUCUCGGGCCGCACGAAAUCAUCUCGGCAUUUUGUUGCUGGACUGGGCUCCGGUGUUGCAUCGGCGGUGCUGCUGCAACCGCUUGACCUACUCAAGACCCGGGUCCAACAAUCUGGUCACCGGUCCCUUACGUCGUAUCUCGGGGAGGUUGCCGCUGCUCCCAAUAAGAUCCAGACGCUCUGGCGCGGCACAAUCCCAUCGGCCCUCAGGACCGGCUUCGGAUCGGCCCUCUACUUCACAUGCCUCAACUCCAUCCGCCAGCAUGUCGUCCACUCGCGCUUGUUGAGUCAAGCCGCCGGUAACAGAGGAGCACACUCCUCUUCACUGCCGACGCUAACCCCAUCGGCUAACCUCGUCGCCGGCGCCGUCGCCAGGACGUUUGCCGGCUUUGUCCUCAUGCCUUUGACCGUCAUCAAGGUUCGCUAUGAAUCUAACUUGUACUCCUACAAAUCCUUGCUCGACGCUUCCUCCGAUAUCUACAGAAGGAAUGGUCUGCGAGGCUUCUUCGCUGGCUUCGGUGCCACCGCCGUUCGUGAUGCGCCAUAUGCGGGCAUGUAUGUAUCAUUCUACGAGCUGCUCAAGAAGCAGCUCAGUAGUCUGUCGUCUCAGAAGAACGGUCACAGCUCCAAUCGCCCCAUCGCCAUUACAACGUCACAUGCAACGCUGGUCAAUUUCAGCUCUGCUAUCGUGGCAGGUGCUGCGUGCUCGGUUGUCUCGAAUCCCUUCGACGCUAUCAAAACGAGGAUUCAAUUGCAGCCGGCCGUUUUUAGGAACAUGUAUCAGGCUUGCCACAAGAUGAUUUCGGAAGAAGGUGUACGGUCACUCAUGGAUGGGGUUGCGCUUCGCAUGAGCAGAAAAGCAAUGAGUUCAGCUUUGGCCUGGACUGUGUACGAAGAACUGAUGAGAAGAGCUGAACGUACUUGGUCCUCGAACUUGACAACAACAGCGGAGCCGUAG